AUGACACAACCUUCACCCUCCUCCACCUUCUGUAUACAUGCUUCUUUGAUGAAACCAUUAUCUAACAUAUCAUUGAGCAAUAUUGGAUUUAGUCUCCAUAGCAGGCUUGAUUACCUCAAUGCCACUGUUUGCUUCUCAUUGGCCGCCAGAUCAUAUAAUGAUAAACUUGAAGCUUGGGAGCCUCUUGUUGAACCUGUUGAUGGUGUCUUAAGGUGCAGCCCAAAAUAUCCUUGUCUGUACACGAAGAACUGCAUCUUGGGGAGCACAUAUCUGCUCAUCUGGGACCUACAAUCCAUUUCUUCAAUUUAUGUCCCUGUAGAAGCGUAUCUGUAUUUUGUGGAUAAUGGCAGAUUCUCUGUGGAUGGUGUGCUUUUCGAUAAUCCAGUGACUCCAUCAGCAGCUUUAGUAAGUUUUGAACUCCUCUUCACCUCUACCCUACUCCAUCUACAACGACUCCUUAAAUUUACAAACCCUAGUCCAGUUGCGCUUCUAGUCAAAUCAGCUGGAGUACCAUUUGUAGAUGUUGUGACUACAAUGCUUGGUCCAACUAUUCCUCUUACAACUGCAGAAUGGGAGGAAUGGGGUGAUCCUCGGAAAGAAGAGUUCUACUUUUACAUGAAAUCAUAUUCACCAGUUGAUAAUGUUGUCAAGAGUGAUAUUCAGGAUGUGAUUGAUAAAGAUGGUGAGGGGUUCACUAUGGUCACAAAAAAAGCUGGAAAUGCAGGGACUGCUACUGUGAAGGGGAUAUCAGCAGAAUCCUGUCCUACUUCUGAUCUGUUGGUCAAUAAUUCUGACAGUGGUCAAACUGAGGCUAUAGAAUCUAAGUGUGAUACCAGUGUGAAUUCCAAUCUUGGGAACCAUGAUUGUUUAAAUCCUAUGAAUGAUAUCCUUGAUACCAUAAAUAAUUGUCAUAAACGGAUUACUCUACCAUACACAGGGGACAAAUACCUGCUUCAUAAACAAAGCACAAAAUGGAUCACAGUUAUGACAAUGGCGCCUCCAAGGCUGGAAAACGGUGUCGGGGUGUUAGAUAAGCCAGUAAUAGAGAAAACAACUCCUGGAAGAGAGUCUGAGUUUGACUUGAGGAAAUCAAGGAAAAUGGCACCACCAUAUAGAGUGAUGCUACACAAUGACAACUACAACAAGAGGGAAUAUGUUGUGCAAGUGUUGAUGAAGUUAACUAGAAUUGGUCGAGAUGCAGUUUUAUAUGUUGAGUCGCUCGUUGAGUCAAUCAUGGGAGGAUUUGAAGAGCUAAUCAACAUUCUUGGUUCUGAAGGAGCAUCUACCAGAAGUCAGCUGAAACUACAAAUGGCUUUUGAUGGGCAGGAAAGAUAUAUGAAGAGAUCUUGGGAGCCAAGUGAUAAAGCUGAUCUUCACUUUGUCUACAAAGAUGUUGAAGGAGUAUCAACUCAAUGGGAUGAUAUUCAAAGAAAACUCAGGAACUUACCUCCUAAACCCUCUGCCUUCAAACCCGAUCCCUUCACUCCUGCAGAAGAUGAAGAUUCCAAACCUAAAACCAAAUCUCGGAUCGAUAAAAAGACAGAAGAACUCAAAGAUUUAGAAGAUGAUCUUGAUGAUAGUUGUUUCCUCAAAGAAUACAAAAAGAGGUUAGCAGAGAUGAAGCAAACAGUGGAAGUUUGA